AGUCCUCUUCUGGUCAGCUCUGUGUCAAGUGGACACUCCCCAGCCACAAGGGGACUCUCCACAGUACGUCGUGGAACACACCUCUCUACAGCGACAUGUCGUCACACCCAAGCCACAUCGGGUCACUCCCUAGCCAGAUGGUCAAGCCCUUUAACAAACACAACAACAGAGGCUCCAGCUUUUAGUGUAGUAAAGCUUGCAUCACAAAACAUCACAUCAUCAACAUUGUUUGGUGGUGCAACUACUACCAUAACAACACCAUCAUUUUCUUUUAAUAGUGCAACUACUACCAAAACAACACCAUCAUUUUCAUUUAAUAGUGCAACUACUACCAAAACAACACCAUCAUUUUCAUUUAAUAGUGCAACUACUACCAAAACAACACCAUCAUUUUCAUUUAAUAGUGCAACUACUACCAUAACAACACCAUCAUUUUCAUUUAAUAGUGCAACUACUACCAAAACAACACCAUCAUUUUCAUUUAAUAGUGCAACUACUACCAAAACAACACCAUCAUUUUCAUUUAAUAGUGCAACUACUACCAUAACAACACCAUCAUUUUCUUUUAAUAGUGCAACUACUACCAAAACAACACCAUCAUUUUCAUUUAAUAGUGCAACUACUACCAAAACAACACCAUCAUUUUCAUUUAAUAGUGCAACUACUACCAAAACAACACCAUCAUUUUCAUUUAAUAGUGCAACUACUACCAUAACAACACCAUCAUUUUCAUUUAAUAGUGCAACAACUACCAUACCAGUGCCAUCAACAUUAAAAACAUCAUCAUUUUUUGGUAUUUCAACUACUACCAAAACAACACCAUCAUUUUUGUUUAAUAGUGCAACUACUAACAUACCAGCACCAACAUUAAACACAUCAGCAGCAUUUGGCAGUACAACUACUACCAUAACAACACCAUCAAAAUUCAACACAUCAUCAUUAUCAACAUUAUACACCACCACAUCAUCAUUGUUUGGUAGUGUAACUACAACUACACCAACACCAUCAACAUUAUACAGUACAACAUCAUCACUGUUUGGUAGUGUAACUACAACUACACCAACACCAUCAACAUUAUACACAACCACAUCAUCACUGUUUGGUAGUGUAACUACAACUACACCAUCAACAUUAUACACCACCACAUCAUCACUGUUUGGUAGUGUAACUACACCAACACCAUCAACAUUAUACAGCACCACAUCACCAUUGUUUGGUAGUGCAACUACAACACCAUCAACAUUAUACAGCACCACAUCAUCACUGUUUGGUAGUGUAACUACAACUACACCAACACCAUCAACAUUAUACAGCACCACAUCACCAUUGUUUGGUAGUGCAACUACAACUAUACCAAUACCAUCAACAUUAUACACCACCACAUCACCAUUGUUUGGUAGUGCAACUACAACUAUACCAACACCAUCAACAUUAUACAGCACCAAAUCAUCACUGUUUGGUAGUGCAACUACAACACCAUCAACAUUAUACAGCACCACAUCACCAUUGUUUGGUAGUGCAACUACAACUAUACCAACACCAUCAACAUUAUACACCACCACAUCACCAUUGUUUGGUAGUGCAACUACAACUAUACCAACACCAUCAACAUUAUACAGCACCAAAUCAUCACUGUUUGGUAGUGCAACUACAACACCAUCAACAUUAUACAGCACCACAUCACCAUUGUUUGGUAGUGCAACUACAACUAUACCAACACCAUCAACAUUAUACACCACCACAUCACCAUUGUUUGGUAGUGCAACUACAACUAUACCAACACCAUCAACAUUAUACAGCACCAAAUCAUCACUGUUUGGUAGUGCAACUACAACACCAUCAACAUUAUACAGCACCACAUCACCAUUGUUUGGUAGUGUAACUACAAUUACACCAACACCAUCAACAUUAUACAGCACCACAUCAUCACUUUUUGGUAGUGCAACUACAACUAUACCAACACCAUCAACAUUAUACACCACCACAUCAUCACUGUUUGGUAGUGUAACUACAACUAUACCAACACCAUCAACAUUAUACAGUACCUCAUCAUCACUGUUUGGUAGUGUAACUACAACUAUACCAACACCAUCAACAUUAUACAGCACCACAUCAUCACUGUUUGGUAGUGUAACUACAACUAUACCAACACCAUCAACAUUAUACAGCACCACAUCAUUGUUUGGUAGUGCAACUACAACUAUACCAACACCAUCAACAUUAUACACCACCACAUCAUCACUUUUUGGUAGUGCAACUACUACCAUAACAACAUCAACACUAACCACCACCACAGCGUCUUUGUUUGGUGGUGCAACGACUACCAUACCAGCACUAGCACCAUCAACACCAAACACCACCUCAUAUCGACCUGUUUUUGUAGCUACUGAAAGCAAUUCUGAUGAAGAAGAUGAAGCUUAUAUCAGUCCUGUUGAAAAUGUUUAUUAUAAUAACACUUCUUAUGAAAAGGAAGAAAUCUCUUCAUUAGAUUCUAAUUAAUUUUAAUAUAUUUUAAAAUGUGUGUGAUAUAAUCAUGACUUUGUGAUAUAAAAUGUAACAUUUUGAUGGUUAAUACAACUAACAGUAGUACACACAGCAUCCAGAUAUCCAUCAAGUCAACCCUCACCCAGGUUGUCAUCAAGUCAACCCUGACCAGGUUGUCAACUGACUAAUCAUAACAUUGUGUCCACAUUUGGAAUACCCCUUCCAAAUUUAGCAGGAGUUUAGCAAUCAGAUGUGGCUCUUAGAAUGAAUGAGUAAAACUUGGUUCACUUGUACCAGGAACUUGUUACUGUUUGUAUCACAAAUGUAACAGAAAACUUCUCAUAGGAUUAGUAUUAUAGAAUGUUAGUAAGGGACAUAACCUUGAUAAUAAUUCAUCUAUUUCAUGUUCAUUACCUCCCUUUUCCU